UUGGCUUCCCUAUCCCGGUUUCAGGGUAAACGUAAGCCGAUUUUCAGGGGGGUUUAGGGCGGAGCCUGUCAGAAGUUGUGAAGUGGAAACUUUAAAAAGAGCCAUCUAGUGAUAAGACGUUGACUUUCAAUGAAUGAUUUCGGCGACCAUUUUUGUGUAUUACGUGAAAGAAGCCUAACCUUAAUUUCUGUAAAAAUGGUUGGCAGGUGUGCAGUUCCUGGUUGUAAAACAACGUAUUACAAGUGAACUCUAAAAGAAAAUGGUGUUACUUUGUUUGCAGUUCCUAAAACUUCAUUAUCAAAAUGGCAAGAACUAAUUCCAUGUAGUAAUUUGACGAGCACCUCACGUAUUUGCUCCCGUCAUUUUGACGAAAGUGACUUUAAAUCAGGAAAUUAAAUGAAAUGGGUCGCUGGCUUUCAGGGGUCCAAAUCAUGCUGCUGAUUUUAUUCUAACGCGCCGGUUGAGAGACCAAGCAAAUGGCCAAAAGAUUUUAAAUGAAGAUACCAAAAAACCUAUCCUUCAGUUUGUCGGUAUCCAACGGCGUAAGGGGGAUGAAUGGGCUAUUCCAGGCGGCAUCCUUGGUUGAUGCUGGAGAAGAUCCUGCUCAUGCUGCUCAGAGAGAAUUUUUAGAAGAAGCUAUGGAUAGUGAAAAUUUAGAACAAAACGAACUAGAAGAUAUCAUGAAACUAGUCAAGGGAAUGUUUGAUCAAGGGCUAUUGAUAUAUCAAGGUUACGUUGAUGACUCCAGAAAUACAGACAAUGCAUGGAUUGCCAUGCUGAAUUUCAAGAGGUCGAUCAUUGCCAUUUGAAAGCUGGAAGUGAUGCGAAAAAUGAAGCAUGGAUAAAGAUAACAUCAUCAUUGAAUCUUUUCGCUAGUCACAUUGAUUUGAUAGAAGCUGUUGCUAAUCGUCAUCAAGCCCACUGGUGAAGUGUAAUGUUGUAUAAUAUUCAAUAAUUGUUUUUCUUAUUGAAUAACCUGCGAUCAUCGAACUUGCAAUAAUAAAAACUAUGAACUUCA